AUGUCGGAGUCCGGUUCCGAACUGGAAUCGGAGUCGGAGUCCGUGUUCCCCCGGGAGGAUGGGCUCUUCGCCGAUUCUUACACGGAGGAGUCUCGGUUCCACUUCUGCGGCCACGUGCUAAGCAUCAAACAGAGCUUCGGGGCUCGGCUUGGGGUGGCUGCGCCCGUGUGGGAUGCGGCGCUGAGCCUAUGCAGUUACUUCGAGAGGAAAAACCUCGACUUCCGAGGCAAGAAGGUGAUCGAGCUGGGCGCGGGGACUGGCAUCGUGGGCAUUCUGGCAGCUCUGCAAGGGGGAGAUGUCACCAUCACCGACCUGCCUCUGGCCCUGGAGCAGAUUCAGGGAAAUGUUCAAGCUAAUGUGCCAGUUGGUGGCCGCGCACAGGUCCGAGCUCUGGCCUGGGGGCUAGACCAGGGUGUGUUUCCUGGAGACUAUGACUUGGUAUUAGGAGCUGAUAUCGUGUAUCUGGAGCCUACCUUUCCACUGCUCCUGGGCACCCUAAGACACCUGUGUGGACCUAAUGGCACUAUCUAUCUGGCCUCCAAGAUGAGAGAAGAGCACAGGACCAAGAGUUUCUUUCAUGAUAUGUUACCACAGCAUUUUCAGCUGGAGCUGGCACAGCGAGAUGAGGAAGAGAACAUUAACAUAUAUAGGGCUACACAUAGGGGAGGUUGAGAGGCAUUUGAUGCCAUAUCUAGCUCUUCCGUACCACUAAUCACACACAUUCCUCUGACCAGUCUUCUUUCUCUUGAUAUUGGGAAGAAGUGAAGAAUAUUGGCAUAUAUAGAGCCAAGAAUAAUGACCAAACACCGCUGAUUCCUGGGUCCUGGGCAGGAGUUUCUCUGUCUUCAUUUCUCUACUUUCUUUGGUUCUCUUGUCCCCAUCCUAACUUUGCCAUUUCUUCCAAAUCAAAACCUGGGCAUCAACUUAUUGGAAGCCCCAGACCCCUGCCUCACAAAAGCCCUGAUGGGUAGACCAUAAUAAGGUUCUUAAUUCUUGUUCUUGGAUGUGGAGGCUGAGCAGGAAAACUGACCUGGAGCUUUUGGGAUGGGGAGAGGGAAAGAAUUUUGAUGGGAUAUUGUGGGUCAUUGGCAGAGUAAUUGCCUCUGACUCUGUCUCUUACAGCAAGCAGGACUUCCUUGCUUUUCUGUCUGUAUCCCCAACACUUAGUGCUUUUCACAUAGUAACCAAUGAAUAAAUAUUCUUUUAUGAUUCACGUGCUUACCCUGGUGGUAGGCAUGCUCUCAAUUUUGUUUUCGUUUUUUCUUUCUUUUUUCUUUUUUUUAAAGGAAAGAUAGGAACAUUUAAAGUCUCUUCUGCAUCUAAGGCCCUAAAGUUUAUUAGGCUUUGGAAGAAAGGGUAUUUAGCUUGUUUUAUAUGUAGGAACACAGGAGAAUGGAGUGUCUAAUUCCAGACUGAGCUUCCCAUUUUGAGGGUGGUAGGGAUUUAGGGUGCAGCAGGCCUAUCGCUUCCUAAAAGAGGGAGAAUGGUUUAGUGUAAAGGGCAUUGGAAUUGAAAAGGCAUUUUUUUUAAAGCUCCUACUGUGUGUCAAGCACAGUACUAAGUGCUGGGGAUGCACAGAAAGGCAGACAGUCCUCACUCUUAAAGAGCUCAGUCUCUGGAUCAGUUACGUAAAAAGGCACCUCUCUGGACCUCGGUUUACUCCUCUCUAAAAUGAGGACGACUCUUUGCACCAUCUCCCUCAUCGGGGAAGCUGUGAGCCAAGUACUUUAAGUGUAUAAACAUCAAUAUUAUUCCCUACCACGAGCUUUUCCCGCCUCUUCUCUGAACCUAACUGGGGUAC